ACUGACGCUGUGUGUGAGAGAGCUGGGCCUCGCACAGGGACCCCGUGAGGCCGGCCUCUAGGGUUUGCAAUGGCCGGCAUUCUCAUCACCCUAAUCAGUGGCCUGGGCCAGGCCUUGGACUUGCUGUGCUUGCUGCUGGACCUUAAUUUCUGGCUGGUCUCCUCCGUGCUUGCUGCUGUCUCGGGCAUCCUACAUUUGCUGCUCAGCUUGCCUGGUGCGGUGGCGUGUUUGUUCACCCUGUGUUACAACCUGCUGGGGCUCCUGGUACUGGGGGCGGCCCAGUUAUGUCACUGCACCUUGCAGUUCGUUCUCAACCUGCUGUGCAGUUUGCUGAGAGUGGGCUUCAGCCUGGCAGAAAGUCUGAAGUUGGUGGGGCACCUGCUUUCUUACCUGAGCUUGAGGGGACGAGAGAUGCUGCAAAGAGGAUUUGCUAAUGUUUUCAGCUCUGGUCACUUCUUUCUCAAGCAGGUUUGGGACGCUCUGGGGAUCAUGAUCAGCCUAUCUGCAUACUUUGUAAAUACUUUAAUCAACUUGUUCCUCAUUGGAACCCAGAAUCUCCUUUCUCUUGUCACAGUACUAUGGGACCCCUUGAUCAGAGUAUUGGAUGUCUUCGCUUCAGUUCUCACCAGUUUGUCUAACAGUGUCCUUGGCAAUGUGAUCCUACUGUGGACUCCAUGCCAGUUUAUCAUUGAAGUCCUGAUAUCUCUCACCAAACUGUUGGCUGACGUCUUCCUCCUGAAUCUUUAUGGGUUGGCAAUCACUUUUGUUGUAAUCUUCGUGACAACGAUAUAUGCAAAUCCAGAGAUAAUACUGAGGAUUACUAAUCAGGUGACUCUAUACUUGAGUGUUGUACCGAAUUUUCAUUGGGUCAGGAGAAAUAUUGCACAUAUCUGUGGAUUAUUGGUGGCUACUAUGCAACUCAUGGUCAACUCUGAGAUGUGGCGACGAAUGUACAGUCAACAGUUACAAGGCUUGAACCCUGGUUAUAUCAGUAAUUGGCCCCUUGACCAAAGAAGGCAGCGCCAGACUGAUCAUAAUGAGAACUUGGAGGACCAAACCAUCAUGGACCAACAAUUAACUAUCCAGUUAGAACAGCAAACCGAUCCGAGCCCAGCCCAAGGAGAUGGUAACCUCGUAAGGGAGCAACAUUUGACCAUGGCCGAGACAUCUGUAUGUGGACCAGAAGCUGGCAAUGGAUCUUUGCAUUCAGUAGCAAAACCAUCAGGCAGCAAAGACAAUGAUAGCAAUGUUCCUGUGGAAGAUAAUCUUUGGAUGCUUUUGAAGGAACAAGAAGAACGAAAAAAAUGUGUUAUUUGUCAGGACCAAGCAAAAUCUGUUUUGUUGCUCCCAUGUCGACAUUUAUGCCUCUGUCAAGGUUGCACAGCUAUUCUCUUGGAGCAGCCCAUCUACCAACGCAACUGCCCACUUUGCCGCCAGAUGAUCUUACAAACAUUGGAUGUGUAUUUCUGAUUGAACAUUUGAACAAGCUUUAAUAGAAAAGGUUUGAUUUGUUAGUGUCUUUAACUGGACCAAUCACUGAAGUUUUAAAUGAAUGCAUUUUCAAGUUGCUGUGCAGGUCUUUAGCAAAAUACUUCAGAAUUUAGAUAUAAUUUUCUUUUUUUUCCCAACCAAGACCAGUGUAAACACUGCUGUAUAUGACUAUUACCUUAAGAAUGUCUGUAUAUAUCACUGGGAAUUGGGAACCUCAAUUCCAGCACUUCAUUCGGUGACGUGUACAAGUCAGAACUAAAAAGCAAUGGGAUUGACUUUCUCAUGUUCAGUUGUGUGCUUCUGCAUGUGUUUGCUUAGUCACUGGUUCCUAGAGAUCACAGGAAGAAACUGAAACCAUGUAUUUCUGACAGUUCCAUGACCAGCACUGUCUGGUCAACGAAUGCAGGAGUUGGGUUGGGUUGGGGGACUGGGGGCGUGGUAAGUUAUCAGCCUUGAGAGGCUGUGCUAUCCAUUCAAUGAAUGUUUAACAUUUUAGUACAAUGAACUAUGCAGGGUCAGGCUCCAUGAUCCUAUAUUUCUGGAUUGUCAGUAUAACUUAUCCUUUAAUGUUAUUUUCCUUUUUUCAAAACAAAUUGUAAAUUAUUUUGAGGUGAAUGGCUGUUGGAUUAUCUUUGGGAUAUUUUGGGAGCAUUCUCCGAAUCUUCUACCACCUGAAGCACAACAUACAUUGUAAGCAAUGAGAUACAGUGACAAGACAUGAAAUUAAAUGUUUUGUUUAGAAAAACAACUGAAAGUGUCUCCAAUUAAGAUGUGUCAUCACGUGAAAAUUUAUCUAUAUUUAAAUUUUUCUUUUUGUCUUAGUUUUAUUCCUUUAAAUAAUCACAGCAAUUCUUGACCAAAUCUGAUUUGCAGAUUGCAUAGGUCAAAGAGUUUUACUUUUUGGGGGGCUUUUUAUUAACAAUGCUACAUACCAAAGCAUAGUGGCACUGUUAAAUGGAUGUUUGAGGCAUUUGGAACUACAGGUUGUUUUGAGGAGUGAAGCUUUGAGGACUAUUUUUCUGUUUAAUAGAGUUGGAAUAGUGGAUGGGUUAGUUUUUCAGGCCUUUGCAGAUUAACUGAUAAAGCACUGCUUAAAUUAAACUCAUCAUUUUUCUCAUACCAAAUGUUUAUUGGUAUUGAAUCUAUCUGAAUAUUACAUGCUUUCUGCUGCAAAGAUAUGAAUUUGCUGCCAUGUUGAAGUGACAUGUACUCACCUUCCAGCAUCUGUAACUUAAGACUACUGCAACAACAAAUAUUUUUAUA